UUUAAAAGGUAGCCCUAUGCAUAUAUCGCCUACACAUCAAGUUCCCACAUAGUUUCAUGGAAUAAACAAAUUAAAUCACUUGAGAUUUUCGCUCGGCUCGUGAAGGUCAUAUGACAGACGUGCAUAAAACGAUCACGUGAAUUCUACCACGCGAAGCAGAGACCCAAAUUUGGAGUUCAGCACUUGGGUCCACGGUUACCAUGCACUAUGCCGUCACCAAUCCCCAUCACCCGACUGCUUCCAAAGGAUUUUGGGCUGGAGUUUGGCGCGUGCAGCAGCCCAAUAUCCAAAACAGCGAGUGGAUCUACGCUGCGCGUGCCAACAAACGCGUUUCACGGUAAAAUCGCGCACAGGCUUUGGUCUUCCGUGAUCCACUGGCGAGAGCUGAAGGCUGUGGAGCCCAUCGGCAGCGGUGGAUUCGGUACGGUGUUCAAAGGCACAUACUUUGACGAGACUGUUGCUGUUAAGAAAGUGAGAUGUGUGAAAAACAAACUGGCCUCGAGGCAAAGUUUCUGGGCGGAACUCAAUGCGGCGCACCUGCACCAUCAAAGCAUCGUGCGCGUGAUCGCAGCCACCACGUGCACUCCUGCACACCUCAGCACCAAAGACAACAUCGGAACGAUUGUUAUGGAGUUCGCCGGCGCCCUAAACCUACAGCAGCUCAUUUACGGGCUCGCGGACCCGUUGCCUAUGGACAAAUGCGUGAGAUAUUCAAUGGACAUCGCGCGUGCGCUCCAGCAUUUGCACGCGCACGGCAUAGUGCACUUAGAUGUAAAACCUGCCAAUGUUUUGGUAUCAGAACAGGGGGUUUGUAAACUGGCAGAUUUUGGGUGCUCUUUCAAACUAUCCAGUAAAGGCGACACCGUGACGCACCUGAGUGAAAUCGGUGGCACGUUCACGCACCGCGCGCCCGAGCUGCUGAAGGGAGAGGAGGUUUCUCCGCGCGCAGACGUUUACUCGUUCGGCAUCACGAUGUGGCAGCUCCUCACCCGAGAGCCGCCGUAUGAGGGCGACAGACAGUGUAUCCUGUACGCCGUCGUGGCUUAUAAUCUGCGCCCUUGCAUCACUAGGGAUGUUUUUAUCCAGUCUUCUCUUGGACAGAAGUGUCAAAAACUGAUCAGUCUGUGUUGGGACGGCGACCCCAGCAUCCGACCCACCGCGGAUCAGCUCCUUCACGAACUCUCCGUUCUGUUGUGAAUUUGCAACACAUGGACCUCCCAGACUCACAAAAUACCUUCAUUUUGAAAUGUUUUUCUUAUUUUUAUUGUAAUGUUUUGUAAGUUAAAUUUCGUAACCUUUUUAUUGUUAAGCAAAAAUAUUUUAAAUAUCAAAAGAUCUUUAAUUAAAUGUUUUUUUUUCUGUUUAAA